ACUUAACAUUCUCUCCGCCGUCGGUGAUUCGGUCGAGUGUUAAAAUAACUGACUUAUAUUGUACACGGUACCUACAGCCAUAUCUACUGUUACCUACCUUCUCAGGUGUGCGUGUGUGUGCUGCCUACGUACUAUUAUAGACAACAGUACAUUAUUUCGUUGUUGCCAUCCUUCGCGAGAUCCACUUUCCAAAAAUGGACCAAACGUGCUAUAACGAAGACAAUUAUUGAUUAAUCAUACUGAGAUGAAAAAAAUCCAAGGUCGAUUUCGGGCAGUAUCUAGAUCUACACUAUCUACUGCUCAUCUAUUCUGUUUGUAUUCGACACAAUUUCCAAAAGAAAAUGAGAUUAUUGAAUUGCUACCGUGCAUAAUAUGCAAUCGUUCAUUCCGUCCAAAUUUAUUACAACGCCACACAACUAUAUGUCAAAAAAACGCUAAAAAACGUAAGGUGCCAUUUGAUUCAUCUAAACAGCGUAGAGAAGGUACUGAGAUGGCAGCAUAUUUACCACAUAUGAAAAAGACUCAAGAUGCUUAUAUAGGUAUAGAAAAAUCUAAGAAGAACUGGAAAGCUAAGCAUGAAGAGCUUGUUAGAGCUGUAAAAGCAGCACGAGGGGAAAAAGUUGAUGAUAAACCUGUGCCGACUAAACCUAUUGAUUCUGAAGAAUGUCCACAUUGUGCGCGAAAUUUUGGACCUAAAUCAUACGAUCGACAUGUAGAAUUUUGCAGAGAAAAAGCUCAAAGAAUAUCUACUGCACCAGUGAUAAGCCAAGUAGCUAAAGAACGACUUGAAGCAAGAAUAAAAUACCGUGCUCCUCCACUUAAGUCACAGCGUACAGUAACUAAAGAGAAAUAUUCUCCAAAAACCAAAAAUCUUACUCAAGAUGUUUCGAGUGUACCAAUAAAAGUUAUACAACCUCUAAAAACUAUUAAAAAAAGAAUUCCACCAAAUAGAAAUGUAUCUAAUAUCCCACGUCAAAUGUCAACAGUAGUGAAAAAGAAAGAUCAAACAUCUAAAAGCCUCUAUGGGGAUAGAAAUGCUAUAUACUUGCCCCAAAAGCCAGAUACAAAAAAUGAGUUAGCUAUGAAGAAAUCUGAAUCAGCCUAUAUCCUUGGUUCUAAAAAUCACAUAAAACAAGAAAUUAAUAAAAUGGUUAAUAAUUUUGACAAAAAAAAUAUAUCAAAAUCCCAACCCCAUUUGGAUAUUUACGAUCCAUUUAAAUCAGCUGAACAACAAAUGAAAGAGCUCGAUCUAGACAUUAACAUAAUUGACAUUGGUCUUAAAAAUCCGUUAAAAUGUGUCCAAACUGAUAAUAUUGAGAAUCUUCAAAUGUCUCCAACAUCUGCAUUCGUUAAAUAUUCACCUGUUUCUUCUUUAGUAGUAUCUCCAGAUAAUAUUGAAAACACAUUUCCUAAUGAUUUUCACUCGGACACUAAUCUUAAUAAUCAUCCACUACAUAAUUUAAGCAAUUUAAGUUUGUGUUCCAUUGUCAGUAUUGAAUCUGCUGACUUUAAUAAUAAGAUUCAUAGUGCUGUAGAACGAGAUAUAGAUCAUCUUAAAAGUCCUACAAAACGAAACAUUAACCAUAAUAAUAAAAAACAUAUAGCUAUUGAAAAUAUGCUUUAUGGUGAUAAUGAAAAAAAUAAAUCAAAUCUCACAUUUGAUUUGGCAGAACAAGAACUUUUAAAAUCUGUGUCAGAAUUUGAGAACUUAUUGAAAAUAACAGAUGAUGAUGAUAUAGUAUCACCAUCUUUGAAUAGAACCUCUGCCCUUAGUAUGAUCAAUGGGAUUAAUUCAAAUAGCAGUGCUGAUUCGGCUUACGGAAGCUUGAACAGAAAAUCUGAACAGACGACAACCGACAAUUAUCUUCAACUGCUGAAAACUGCUAAAUUUUGUCACGAAUGUGGGUUCAAAUAUCCAAUCGUUGAUAUUAAAUUUUGUACAGAGUGUGGCAUGCGGCGCAUAGUAUCAUGAUUGAGUUGCUUUAAUUUCAAUAUUUAUGUCUUAUUAAGGGUAUUAAGAAAACAAAAUUUACAAUAUGUUUAAUUUGUAGAGUGA